AUGAAUGACGGCGCCAUCUACAACGAGGAAGACAACGACGCGACGCAACCUGUUUCCUCGCCUGGCAAUUCUGCUCUUCUCGAAGACGUUGCUCGGGACUGUUUCCUGCGGGACAAGGUCGUAAAAUUCCGAUGCCCACUACGCGCUGGUCGGCUCUUUGAGUUGACUCCGCUUACCUCCCAAAUCAAUCGCCUUGACAAAGUAAACAACAAUGACGACGGAGAUGAAGUGACCAAGAGUAGCAUCAAUGAAACGCUAGCCGUGACUGAAACUGCAAAAGAAGGCAACGUCGCCGUGAUCGACAUAUCCUAUCAGAAGAACAGAGUAACAUGGAAUGAUGCUAGUGAACAGCUUUGUCAGAUGGAAGAUGUCUCGUUCGACGCGUACUUGAACACUUCAGCCAAUACAGCAAUGUUCAAGCUUCAUGCUUAUGUUAUCCUCAGAGGCGGCAAAGGCAAGAGCAAUAAGCAAGCUGUUUAUUUAUACAUAUAUCCUGAAAGGGUUCAAGCUAUAAAGUACAAUGUUUACCACAAUCCACAGCCUUCAGCCUCCAAGACAUUCCAGCCUCGGCAUUACUCACUAUGUAUCUCCAUGACGCAAGCGCCUGAUUUGAUUCGCCCCAAAGGACGUCCUCUAGACUCUAAAGGCAAAACGAAAACUCGACUACAUUUGAUUGAAGACCUCGCCAGCGUCACCGAAUUCAUCGUGCAUCUCGACAGCUCCAACGCAGUCCUAAGUAAACCAGACUUCGAUUUACUCGAAAAGACAUUCUCGGGCGAUCGUCCUGAAGGCCGCCCGCGGACAGAUCUACCACGAGCAAACCCGGCUACACUGUAUGCUGGUAAUGGAGGCGAGAUUGCCGAGAAGAAUGAAUUUAUGCAUAAUGCGGAAAGCCCUCCUCCGUACGCUGGCUCUGCGUCAAACGCUCAAAGUUCCAAAAAACGCCGCCGAGCCGAUUACUGUGAUGAAGAUUCCUCUGGUGUAGCCCGCGUCCUAGUUCUUCUCAAAGACGUUGUUUGCCGAUUGGACAAUAUCGAAAGUCGGAUUGACUCACGCUUCGAUGAUAUGGAAAGCCGAGUCUCUGGGCUGGAACAAUACAUCAAAGACAACCUCAGAGACGUACUGGAUAAUGGCCGCAGCCCAUGUCGAUAUGGAACAGAAGAGAGACAAGAAAUCUAUGAAGAGAUGACCAACCAGAUUGAAAGCUGCACAGAGGACCUAAAAUGGAAUUGCCAAGAUGCAAUCAAUGAAAUGGAGAAGGAGAGCGGCAGGAUAUUGACUCAAAUGAGGGAAGAUCUGAAGGAAGAUCUGGAGGAAGAAGUGAGACAAUCAAGCGACGACGCCUUGGACAACAUCGACCGAGCUAUAGACGACAGAGUACGAGAAACACUUAAAUCCGCGACAAUCAGAUUCGAUGGAACAUUUGGCUUGGAAUUUUAG